AUGAAGAGUGUUUUGAAAUUUGAGAAGAAGGGAAAGCUAAGCCCACGUUUUAUAGGGCCAUUUGAGAUACUUGAACUAAUUGGUCUCGUAGAUUAUCGUUUAGCGUUGUUUCCAUCGUUUUCUGCAGUUUAUGAUGUAUUUCAUGUCUCUAUGUUGAGGAAGUGUGUAGUAGACCUGACGAAUAUAGUUAACUUUGAGCCAUUGCAAAUUAAUGAAAACUUGAGUUAUGAGGAGCAACCCGUAGAGAUUUUGGCAAGAGAGGUCAAGUUACUCCGUAAUAGAGGAAUUGCACUGGUUAAAGUUCUUUGGCGAAACCAUAAGAUUCAAGAGGUCACAUGGAAAAGAGAGGAUGACAUGAGAGUCCAAUAUCCCGAGCUGUUCAAGGAUUAG